AGAGUUUAGACUUGGCCAGUAGAGUGUCGACUGUAGUAAUAAAUAUGUAUUUAAAUGCAUAUAUAGGGCUUUUAGAACGCUGAAUUUGUUACCUUUGGCUAUUUAUCUCAACUGCUCGGCCGAGUUCGCCAGGGUUGUGUGCGUGCCUGGCUAAAACAGCGGCAAUACGUUUCAGGCUACCAAUACGACUAUUGUGCAAAAAGUCAUAUGGUCGCAGCUAUCCGCUCUUGAAGCUGGCAUAAAAGAUAUAUAUAUUUCUAUUAAAUCAAGAUAAGCAACUACAAAGUAAGCAAUGGCCGAGAACAUUGGAGAAUGUAUACUUUGCGAGAAGGAGAGUGACAUCAGUUGCGUCUGUAAACGAUACGAGUACUGCUCGCGAGAAUGUCAGGUUGCUCACUGGCGCGAGCAUGGUCACAAGGAGACCUGCACUGGGGAGGCAGAGGACGGGGCCAAUGAUGACGGGCUGGGAGAUGUGGAAGGUCAAUCUUCGCAAUACAGCUUCUUCUUCGACGGGGUAUUGGAGCAGUGUGAAAAGGACAACCAACGGCAGAAAAAUAUGCGAAACAAACAACGCUAUGGCAAAUAUCGAGCAAAUGAUCCACGAAUCAUCAGGUGGGCGGAAUUGCUAAGUGAAUAUGCAGACACCGGUGUCAAUCCCUUGAUCUCCUACGGACUGCGAGCGAGGCAUUUCUCACGCAAACAUGGCCAUAGGCGGAAAGCUCGUGUGGAGAGCGACGAGGUGUACAAUAGUACCGAACAUGUAGAACUCGCGGCACGCCAGAUGAAAAGGAAGCGCCAAAAAGUGGCUGUCACACGCCCUGCAGAUUUAUUGUGUAUAUAUACUUGCGACAUAUGUCACAGAGAUUAUAAAAGUCAGAAAUCUUUCAAAGCUCACACUAUUAGUAAACACCCGAAGGCGAAUGUGGCAGCGCUUACAGAUUCGGCUAACAAAACGCGAACCGCCGUAAACACAAUACCAUCCGUGACCACAGAGACAUCCUCAGAUUCACCCGCAGCAAUCGCCACAGCAGCACCAUUGGAAAGGAAUGAGAAAGUGCCAGGAAUAGUUGACACAACCACCGCUAAGGUGUCUCCGGGGCCAGUAGUACUCAGAGAGCCCAUGCAAAAUUCCUUUAGACGAUAACCCGAUAACAGAGUACGGUAAGACUUGCUCCUUCGAUAGUAACAACAGCUGAGAUAGGACCAGGAGUAGCUGCGAAUAGAAUUCCGCUGAGACCAUCAAGGGCGAAAGAGAAUACAUAGCUCACAGUGUCUCUUUUGGAGGGCUAUGAAUAUCGGUAAAUAAUAAAAUACAAUGCAAACAGG